UUAAGGUAUCUUCCCGAGAGCGACCGUCCCUCCGCGUCUCUGCACUGCGCACCCCGUCCGGCCGCCUCGUCGCCCCCGCCGCCCGCCCGUGCGUCCGAGCGGCCGCAGCCCUCCGCCGAGGGCGCCCCGGGACGGAAGGGUCCAGCAGCCUGCCGGCGCCCGCCGCGCUCGUGGUCGCCGUCGCCGUGGUCGUCGUGGUCGUGUCCGCCGUCGCCUGGGCCAUGGCCAAUUACAUCCACGUCCCGCCCGGCUCGCCCGAGGUGCCGAAGCUCGACGUGACGGUGCAGGACCAGGAGGAGCAGCGCUGCCGCGACGGCGCCCUGAGCCUGCUGCAGCACCUGCGGCCGCACUGGGACCCCCGGGAGGUGACCCUGCAGCUGUUCACAGAUGGGAUCACAAACAAACUCAUCGCCUGCUACGUGGGCGACACCAUGGACGAUGUGGUUCUGGUGAGGAUUUAUGGCAACAAGACUGAACUGUUAGUCGACCGAGAUGAAGAAGUGAAAAGUUUCCGUGUGCUGCAGGCUCAUGGCUGUGCACCUCAGCUCUACUGCACCUUUAACAAUGGACUGUGCUAUGAGUUUAUCCAGGGCGAAGCUUUGGACCCACAGCAUGUCUGCAACCCGGCCAUUUUCAGGCUCAUAGCUCGUCAGCUUGCUAAAAUCCAUGCUAUUCAUGCACACAAUGGCUGGAUCCCCAAGUCUAACCUAUGGCUAAAGAUGGGAAAAUACUUCUCUCUCAUUCCCACAGGAUUUGCUGAUGAAGACAUUAAUAAAAGGUUCCUAAGUGAGAUCCCCAGCCCUCAGCUUCUUCAGGAGGAGAUGACUUGGAUGAAGGAGAUUCUUUCCAGCCUGGGCUCCCCUGUGGUACUCUGCCAUAAUGACCUGUUGUGUAAGAAUAUAAUCUACAACGAGAAACAAGGUGACGUACAGUUCAUUGAUUAUGAGUAUUCUGGAUACAACUACCUGGCAUAUGAUAUUGGAAAUCAUUUCAAUGAAUUUGCAGGUGUCAGCGAUGUAGACUAUAGUCUCUACCCAGACAGAGAACUCCAGGGCCAGUGGCUGCGCUCUUACCUUGAAGCCUACAAGGAGUAUAAGGGCUUUGGCAGUGAUGUCACUGAAAAGGAAGUAGAGACACUCUUCAUUCAAGUCAAUCAGUUUGCACUGGCUUCUCACUUCUUCUGGGGACUCUGGGCUUUGAUACAAGCUAAGUACUCCACGAUCGAGUUCGACUUCCUGGGGUAUGCGAUUGUCCGUUUUAACCAGUACUUUAAAAUGAAGCCCGAGGUCACAGCACUAAAAAUGCCAGAGUAAAGAAGAGGUCGCUGUUCUCCAGGAGCUGAGCGACGCUUGUGGAUGUUUCUGAGAAAUUCCAAAAGCCAAUAUUUGUUAAAAGUCAUUUAAUUUGGUUAUCUUGCUUUAAAAAUUAUGCCUCUAAACAACCAACCUAUUUUUAAAUAGAAUGAUGUUAAGAGUAUGCUUACUGCUGUCAGUCUGUGGUGGGCUGAAGAUGUGACCAUCAGCAGAGAGAGUAGAGUCAGGCUUUAGCCUGUGGCAGUGCAGCCCAUGCUACGUGUGAAUUAUUUAUUACAGAUUGACAUGACUGACUACUUAGAUCUUUCAUUUGCUGGUUCAGUGUAUGUAAUGAGAAUAGUGUGGACAUCUUUAAAUGGUUCUUUUGAUAGAUUUGAUUUCAGAAAAACAUUCUUGUUGUUGAGUGUAACCUUUGUAAACUGAAUCAUUUACUCUCAACCUUUGGCAGUCAGUCCCUCAGUAGUAAGCUAGGGUAUUUUAGAGAAGUGCUCAUUGAGGAGGGGGCGAGGCAGGUACUGUCUCCUGGGGUAUAAUACUUUUUUCAAUUGGAAAUUGGAAAUCAUUUCUUUUUGGGGAGUACAACUUAGAAUUAAAUUGUCUCUUUACAUAGCCUGACAAUAUAAAAUAUAUUUACUGUAUAAGCCUGGAAUAUAACAAUUUAAUGUUAAAAACUGUUAUUAAGUCAUGUUUUCAAAUACUAGAUAUGGUCAUUUAAGGUAAUAGUCCCAAUUUUUAGAAUUUACCUAUCCACUUGUUUCUAACCAGAAGUUUUGUUUUACUUGAGAUACUCUGUUUUUGUUUAUUAAAUGAUAGUUGGCAUUGUUAGUAUUUGAAACAAACAUACAGAGUUCAUCAUACUUGGAAGCAAGGAAUGUCAUUUAGAUGCUUUCUAUUCCAAUUCAUUCCUUAAGUUGGUUUUGUGUCUGUACAGUCAGCAGAUAUUAAUCAUACAUGUAACUCCAGAAUAGUGUUGUUGGUGCAGUUACAGAAUCAGUAAGGAACAUUCGCUAGGUCAUUGAGCUUUGAAUACUUAAAGUCUAACAAAUAAGGAAAUGUGAAUUACACAGUAGUUGUGGUAGGAGGACUUUUGGUUUCUCUUGGUUUUAUCAGUCUGGUUUUUAUUUUGUGUAGGUGAAGAGGGAGGCACCUACUUCAUGGAAGGAGGUUAGGUCUUUGAGGUAGACAAGGCUUUAAUCUUGAAGACUGCUCUGUGGGCUUGAGCAGUCGGGGUAACUUUACUUGGGUUAGUCACACAGGCUCUGCACUUUGGUCACAUAAGUGCUUCUGUACAAAGUUGGCUCCGUGGAUCUGCGUAGUUAAAUAUGCAGUGCAGAUCUGUUCUAGGUUUGUCCGAUGUUCACAUGACUUAGGUCUCAGCCAAGUGCUUUAAAAUACUUGGGUUGCCUCAAGGUGUUCAAACCUACUAAGUAGACAGGCCAUUUGAGAUGGUAAAUUCUAGCCACAUGCAUAGACUCUUCAAUACGUGUCUCUAACAGUGUUAGACCUGGAUUCGGUUUCUACCUCCCCAAUGCUGUAAUGUUCACGUCUGUUUUCAUGAACCACAUUACUGUAAGAUCAUCACAAUUCUGCCGACUUCCUUGAAUGGAAAGGAACGACAAGCUCUUUACAACGCAAACGGGCCAAAGCCUGGCUUAGUGGGAUCCGCUUUUGGUGAGAGCAUUGUUAUGCGAUGAGACAGGUGCGGGCUCCUGACUGUUUGCUUACCUCCUGAGUGUCCAUCCAAGAGUGUGUCCUGUGCGAGCCCUGGAGAAGACGACAGUGUUUGCUAGUCUGUUCCUGUUUUGAGAGUGCUUUCAAUGGAGGCUCACUGUGCUGCUGCUGCUGCUGCUGCUGCGCUGGUGCUGGUGGACUGCAAGCAGCCCGCUGAAAUGUGACAGACUCCCGUGGCAGUGAGUGCCAUGACAACGAGGCUUCCUCGUUCACUCUGCUAGCAAGUGAGAGAUGCUGGAAAGACACUAGCAUGUGGAAGCUCUUGCCCCCAUUCCUUGGCCAGAUUUGGGUGCUCUGCUGCACCUGCUUCUCAUACAGCUUUUGGGGAUCAUAGUGUAGACUAUCAACAGGAUUCAAAAUGUCUUUCUUUGUAUCGACCAUGGAAGGGAUUCUGAAGAGGGUAUAUUGGGACUGUUCUGAAGAACAUCCCUCUAAAACGUGUCCUGUGGCUUGCUAGAUAUCAGUUGCCUUCUUUUGUUCAGCUGAGGAACUUGAAUGCCUUACCCAAUCACUCAACUGGUAGUAAGCUCGUUUUGUAAAUGUGAAAGUGGAUGUUAGAAGUGGCAUUCAUGGAUGUUCAAUGUAAUCAAUAGACCGUAGUGGCCUGGAUGCUUUAACAAGCAAAAUUCUGCAUUUCUGCCCUCCGCCCCCAUCCUGUCUCCCUGGCACACUGUGUGAUCUUGAACCUGACCAGUGAUAAUGAUGCCCUCCCUCUCCCCCAUGCUACCACCACGUCUGGGACUGAGAUGUGGUGGCCGUGCUUUGCUGUUGACGUGAUCUGCCUGAGGUCCACAUGAGCACAAGCCCCGUCAGCUCGCUCUGCUGCAGUGUAAAUAGGAUGGCGUCUGUAUAUAAGCCACUGUGGUGAG